UGGUGGGAAUGCUGUAUGUAUGGGAUCACCUUAGGGGAAAGAUGUGGAUGUGUGGUGGGAAUGCUCAUCUCGACCCUCCUCUCCAAAUGGAGAGGUUGUUGUUGUUGUUAUCUGGGUGAGACUGUUUUAUCCCUUUCAUUAGUAUCCCUGCAGUAGCAAUCCUGUCCAACUCUUCUCCCUGAAAAGAGUAGGACCUCGCCAUACUCGUAGCAUUCCUUGAAAACCAAUUAAGCUUAUGGUCACGUUCCAAAGCCACUCCAGAUUUGUUUUGUGUUAAUACCUAGCAUUGAAGUUUCAGUUUGGGGAAAAUCGGAUGAAUAACCUCACCUACUCUCUCCAGACCCACAUUACCUGGAUGAAUAACCUCACCUACUCUCUCCAGACCCACAUUACCUGGAUGAAUAACCUCACCUACUCUCUCCAGACCCACAUUACCUGGAUGAAUAACCUCACCUACUCUCUCCAGACCCACAUUACCUGGAUGAAUAACCUCACCUACUCUCUCCAGACCCACAUUACCUGGAUGAAUAACCUCACCUACUCUCUCCAGACCCACAUUACCUGGAUGAAUAACCUCACCUACUCUCUCCAGACCCACAUUACCUGGAUGAAUAACCUCACCUACUCUCUCCAGACCCACAUUACCUGGAUGAAUAACCUCACCUACUCUCUCCAGACCCACAUUACCUGGAUGAAUAACCUCACCUACUCUCUCCAGACCCACAUUACCUGGAUGAAUAACCUCACCUACUCUCUCCAGACCCACAUUACCUGGAUGAAUAACCUCACCUACUCUCUCCAGACCCACAUUACCUGGAUGAAUAACCUCACCUACUCUCUCCAGACCCACAUUACCUGGAUGAAUAACCUCACCUACUCUCUCCAGACCCACAUUACCUGGAUGAAUAACCUCACCUACUCUCUCCAGACCCACAUUACCUGGAUGAAUAACCUCACCUACUCUCUCCAGACCCACAUUACCUGGAUGAAUAACCUCACCUACUCUCUCCAGACCCACAUUACCUGGAUGAAUAACCUCACCUACUCUCUCCAGACCCACAUUACCUUGACAAUGAAAGUUUUUUUUGCCCAGUUAUCUCUAGACGUCCCAGAAUUUGAAGGCAGUGGGCUAAAAGACACGAAAUUUGGCACUUGGUUAUGUCCUAGCCGCCCGGGUACUAGCGUUGGGAUCUUGCAAACCAGUGUGUCGUGCUUCUUCCUGACUCCUCUGACAAUACGACAGGGCACAUUCCUAAGGAAAUGGGUAAGCUCGCUAACACUCUGCGACCGAGUGAUGACGAACCUCUGAACUAAACUAAGGAAAUGGUUUAAUAAUAAUGACAAAUUCGGGACCUGUGUUUGGAAGAAGAUAAAAGAAAAAUACCCGUUGGGUGUUCUUUAUUUUGUGGCUCCUGUUUUAGUUGGUAUUUGUUUGUGUUGUUUUGGAAAAUGGGCAGUUAAUGAAGCUAUACCAGGAUUAAUGGUAUUGUCUGUCCCGUGUCCCGUGUGGCUCAGUUGGUAGAGCACGGUGUUUGCAAAUGCCAGGGUUGUGGGUUCGAUUCCCACACGGGGACCAGUACGGGACCAGUACGGAGGAAAAACAUGUAUGAAAUGUAUGCAUUCACUACUGUAAGUCGCUCUGGAUAAGAGCGUCUGCUAAAAUGACUAAAAUGUAUAUGAUGAUUAUAACUAUGGCACUGAUGACGGUCCUCAUUAUGAUCCUCCCGUGUUUCCCUGACGGUUCUGAUGACGGUCCUCAUUAUUAUCCUCCCGUGUUUCCCCCGACGGUUCUGAUGACGGUCCUCAUUAUGAUCCUCCCGUUUUCCCCCGACGGUUCUGAUGACGGUCCUCAUUAUGAUCCUCCCGUGUUUCCCCCGACGGUUCUGAUGACGGCCCUCAUUAUGAUCCUCCCGUGUUUCCCCCGACGGUUCUGAUGACGGCCCUCAUUAUGAUCCUCCCGUGUUUCCCCCGAUGGUUCUGAUGACGGUCCUCAUUAUGAUCCUCCCGUGUUUCCCCCGACGGUUCUGGUGAUUAUUAUUCUACCUAUGUGGGAAGGUUUUAAAACUCCAGAAAUCCAACGGUAAAUUCUGAUACGUUUGUGGGACGAGGUAGUCUCAAAAGCGAGGAAUGUAAGGGGUGAUAAGGGAGGUCUGUAGGAAACCACGUCAUCACUGCCAUAUAACGCCUUCCCUGCGACUCAGUUGGUAGAGCAUGGUGUUUGCAACGCCAGAAUGGUGUGUGCAACGCCAGAGUUGUGGGUUCGAUUCCCAUUGGGGGCCAGUACAAAAAAAAAAAAUGCAUGAAAUGAAAAUGAAAUGUAUGUAUUCACUACUGUAAGUCGCUCUGGAUAAGAGUGUCUGCUAAAUGACUAAAAUGUACAAAAUGUACAACUACAAUGUAUGAAGGUGCCUUGCUGUGUGUCACGUACUUUCAGGGUAAAGAUGGUCUGAGAAAACGGUCUCGCAUUUUGAACGAGACACACAGGAAGUUACUAACUCACAGGAAGUUACUGACACACCGCAAUGGUAAUCCACGGCUGCAACGAUUUCUGCUCAUGUUAUACAUUCAUGUACCAGUGUCCAUAGGUGUGUGAUCAACAGGUAUAAAAGGCCAGUGUUUGGGUUUGAUCCCACGCAGAACUUUCCUUAUAGGUUACUGAGGUACUUUUGUAUGUGAACUUCUGUCUGCAAUUGCAUUUAUAACUAAACGAAGAGUUUAAAACCGAA